GAUAAAUCACAGCUGUAAAUAUCAAAUUAGCUUACAAAAAUGCAACCACUUUACACUACUACAUAAUCAAAAUUUUAUUUAUAGUUAUGUAUCAAAAUUUUUCUAGUGCUCAGUAUUCUCAGUCAACAAAAUGUCUUGCUUUGGCAGCAUUUUUUUCAAUAAUUGCUUUUGCGACGGGGCUUUAUCUGACUUUAAAGAAGGGAGGAGGAGGAGCGGAAAGACCAACGGAGCAGGAGGCUAGUAGAGGUGCUUCAAAAGAGGGAUUUGGAACAAGAGCGGGACAGAAUGUACCACAAGAGAGCGAAGCCCGAUCGUCAUCUAUCACUGAAAAGUUGGCACGAAAACUUAGACGAGGAUCAAUCACAGAUACAAAGGAACAGGAAGUUGAUAAACAAGCUUCUAUCACUGAUAAAAAGCAACAGGAACUUGAUAAACGAGCAUCUGUCACUGAUAAAAAAGAACAGGAACUUGAUAAACGAGCUUCUAUCACUGAUAAAAAGGAGCUGGAACUCGACAAACAAGCAUCUAUAACUGAAAAGAAGGAAAAACAACCACCAGCAUCUAUCACUGAAGCAAAGGAACGUAGAUCAAGCAAUCAACCAUUAACAUAUAUCAGCGAAAAAUUGGGACGAACACUAGGCAAAAUAUCUUCACUCACUGAAACAAAGGGACAAGAACCAGACCAAAAAGCAUCUAUAACUGAAAAGAAGGAUAAACAACCACCAACAUCUAUAACUGAAAAGAAGGAAAAACAACCACCAACAUCUAUAACUGAAAAGAAGGAAAAAAAACCAAAAACAUCUAUCUCUGAAAAAAAAGGACAUCUACGCAGUCUGCCAUCAACAUCAGCUGGUUUUGAUGAAAGUAUUGCGAGGACUGGAUUUGCAUCAGCUUUGGAACUUUCAGAACAGGCUCCUAGGAAAAGGGCAAGAGCAGGUGAAGAAGCUGACAAAACAAAAAAAGAGGUCAAGCCGAUAAAACAUGCCAAACUAUCUGAUGAAGAAACACAGAAGAAUUUAACUAUUGUGAGACAGCACUAUAAAGCAUCAUUACACUUGUCAGAUGAAGAAGUACUUAGUGAAAUCUCAAAUUCUAACAAAAAUUUAUUGUUGAAUAGUGUAAGGGACGGUAAUGUUAAAUUAACAUCAGCCCUCUUGAAGCUUGGUGCUUCCCACCAUAUUACAGACCGAAAAGGCCUGUCUCCUGUUCAUAUAGCUGCAGAAAAAGGUUAUAAGGAGGUUUUCCAAGUUCUAGAACAUUGGGGUGCUGACAUAAAUGCAGAGGAUCAUAUUGGAUAUACAGCACUACACAGAGCCGCUAUGAAAGGAAAGGCUCCGAUGGUCAAGUAUUUAUUGGAAAAACCUGUCGAUAUCAAUAAAUCAAAUUCAGCAGGAUGGACCGCAAUGCACUUGGUAGCAUCUGGAGGGCAUGUGGAUAUUGCUAAGUUACUAGUGAAAGCUGGGGCUAAUGUUAAUGCAAAAGAUUCAGAUGGAUGGACACCACUGUAUGUAGCAGGAUUAUAUAAAAAACAUACAAUGGAAGAAUAUAUAAAAUCUGUUGGAGGCACAUGAUCUAUGUAUAUAUUUGUUGCAACAAUACCAACACUGUACUUUUA